CCUCCCCGCUUUGGAAUCCCUAGAACUUCGCCAAAACCCUGGCAUCUCUCUUGUGGUAGCACAACCCUAGAGUGUCGACAAAGAGGGAGGGAGAGGGAUAGUGAUGGCGCUGAGGAGGGCAUUGGGGUGGUCGGACGGCGAGCUGAUGCGGUCGGAUGCGAAGCCGUGCACUAGAUUGAUGAGGCACACCGCCGGAAUCUCUAGCGUCUGGGGCGGCCUUUCCUUCUGGAUCCUCUGUCGCCUUCACUAUGGUCCAAGGAUAACAAUUCCAAGGAGUCUCAGGUGGGCAUCUUGUGGUGCAAUAUCAAUGAGCUCUACUGCUGCUCUGCUAGUCCGUCUUUUCAGUCCAGAGUGUGAGCCCCAGAACAUAGCUGCUUAUGAUCUUCGCAAAUGAACCAAUUCUUACAUUUAUACAAGUACUUCUCCAAGAUUACUUCAUAAUAUUAUUGUCUCGAAAAUGUAAUUGUUACUCUGUAACCAAGAUUUUGUCACUUUGCAAUUCAAUGAAUCUAAGCUUGUAGCUGAAUCAGUUUUUCAAUUGAAUAGUAUUAUAACUGUAUGUAAAAGAACAUGUUACAUAGCAUCUCAGCUUACAUACCUAUUUAAAGUAUCUAUCUUACUACAUCAAUCUUGGUGACAAGGUAGAGGACAUAUUUACAUGUGAGAGAGAAUUACACCAAAACAAAACAAAUAAUAGUUUUGUUUU